AUGUGUGAGGCUAUUGGUCAGUUUGGCCCUGGUCUUGUACCACCUUCUCAGUAUGCUUUGUGUGAGCCUUUGCUGAAGUCUGAGUAUGCAAGAACCAAGAGUUUGCUGAAGGACCGUGAGGAGGAGAUGAUGAAGAAUGGUUUCUCUCUAAUGACCGAUGCUUGGACUGUCAUGAAGAGGAGAAGCAUCAUGAAUCUGGUCACACAUUGUGCUGAAGGUGUUACCUUCCUCAAGUCCAAGGAGGCAUCAGAUGUGUCACACACAAGUGAGAUGAUAUUUGAUCCGGUUGACAAAGAAAUUGAUGUGAUGGGUGCUGAAAAUGUGGUGCGGGUUGUGACCGACAAUGCAUCGAAUAACAUGGGAGCCAAGGAUCUUUUGAAAGUGAAGAGGCCAAACAUCUUUUGGAGUUCUUGUGCAACACACACAGUCAAUUUGAUGCUGCAAGGAAUUGGCAACUUGCCUAAGUUCAAGAAGAUACUUGAUCAAUUCAAGGCUUUCACCAUCUUUGUGUAUGGGCACCACCGCACUUUGGAAUGCAUGAGAUUCUUCACCAAGAAGAGAGAAGCUUCGCAGUUUCUCACUUUGCAAAGCAUGGCUGAAAAGGCUGGUGCUAAGGAGGAUGGUGGUGUCAGCCAAGUGGGAGUUGCGAAGAACAAAGGAAAGGAUGCAACAACAACAAUUAUGAGCAAUGCCUUCUGGAAGGGUGUUCAUCUUUGCAUUAAGGUGUUUGAACCCUUGGUGAAGGUGCUGCGCUUGGUUGAUGGUGAUGUGCGGCCAUCAAUGGGAUUUGCGUAUGGAGAGAUUGUGAUGUCAAAGAAGGAGAUCAAGGAAGCCGCUGGCAACGUUGAGCUUCGGUACAAAGAGGUGAUGGCUAUAGUUGACAAGAAGAUGAAAGAUAGGCUUGAUGCACCACUGCAUAUGAGUGCAUGA